AUGAAAUUAGGAUACAACGAAAUAAUGAUAAUAUCAAAGUGUUUUGAUGAUAUUAAUGAUUUUAUUAAUUUAGAAACUGGAAUUAAAAGAUUUCAAGGAAAUAUUGAACGAUUUCAUUUUAAUCCAAUUCCUUUAAAUCAUUAUUCAAGAAAAUUAUUUACUAAUAUUGAAACACUUCAUAUUUAUAAUGAAGAAUAUGAAAUAUUUAAUGAUGGAAAAAUAUUUAAAUAUGUAAUAUGGUAUGAAGUAAAUUAUUCAACAUAUUUAAAAGAGAAAGAAGCAAGAAAUAUCUGUAAAAAGGAUAUACACAAUUAG